AUGGCUCCCACCGCGCCCCCUAAGAUGUCCGCGCGCGCGGCGCGCCUUGCCCGCAUCUCAGGCGCAAUGCAUCCCCUUGCACCCACCAAGACGCACCGCGCCGAGGCCAACGUCCCCGACGGCUUCCUCUCGACAAAAAAGGACAAGCGCGUCAUGAAACACAGCGGCUUCAUCUCCAAGAUCAAUCACGUGUCGCCCGGCGUCAAGGCCCUCAAGCGGCGCCGCCCCAACAAGAAGCUCGUCGCCACCAUGGAGUCCCUCGCCGAUGCCCUGCCGGAGCUGACGAACGAGGCGGACGGAAACGUCGCGCAGCUGCGCGAAGGACGCGUGCGCCACAAGAGUCUCAAGAGCCGACCGGGCGCGCUGAAGAGGAAGGAAAAGGUUGUGCGGGGCGAGAUGGCGCGAUUCGGCGCCAGCAUGGCUGCUCUCGCGGCGACGCCCGAGGCGACGGCGGCGGCGGAGAACCAGACCAUGACCGUGGAGGACACCACAGAUACUCCUGCCGCGCCGGCACCAGCGACAACAAAUCGGUGGGCAGCUCUGAGGCGGCACAUCUCGACAACAAUGGAGCAGAACCCUGCCUUCACCGGCCAGGGUGCCGGCGAUUGA